AUGCAGUCUGAAGAAAUUUCUACACCUGCAACACCGGCUACACUAGCAACACCAGCUAUCCUUACAACGACAUCGUCGAGGAAUCUGCCAGAGCCAAUUUCAUACACCAGAAAUGAACUUCUUAGGCUUUCAAAAUCACCGUUAGUAAAGGCACCAGAUAACUUGGAACCGUUUUCCGUUUGGUUUGGCGAGUAUACCGCUCCACCUGCGAAUACACCGAGGCCUUCAAUCAGCUCACCCAACUCAAGUGCCUCCAAUACCUACAACAGAUUUAGGCGCAACAACGAAGAAGUCGAUUCCCCGAGGUCUUCAAAGUACAAGAAUGCUUUCGAAAGAGCUCUUGGUUCUUCCUCAAACCAACCUUCUUCACUUGCUGCUUAUAGAAGUCCCAACUCAAGGCAUCCAGAGCCACGUUCUUUCGACCGCGAGUCUGAAUUCGCUAGAAAUAAGUUCUCCGCUGAUAAAUCUAAAACUCCUCGUGAAGAUCGGCCUGAUCGGCCUGAUCGUUCUAAUAAAUACCGCAACGAAGAAAAAUCACCUCUUGGAAAGAAAGACAGUGCAAUCACCUUACAAGAUUCUCUUAAAUCAAACGAUGGUGAUUGGAGGAAGGGCGGCUUUGCUCAAGAACGACAGCGUAUGCGUAGAGGCAGAAAUCCUUCUUUUGACGACGAUGCUUCACCAGCGUGGUUAGAUGAUUCCUCUUCCCGUGACAGAUCUAGGAAUAAAGCAUCCUCUGGUCCUUUUGGUUCCGGCUCAGCCGGUGUUGACAGCAUUCAAGCUUUCAAAGCUCAAAUGCGAGACAAGGAAAGACGAGAGAGGUUGCUUGAGCUUGGUAUAGAUGAAGAAGCUCCGUCUAUUCACUACAAUUCCCACUCCCAUCCUCAGACUGCUUUGCUCGAGGACGAGUUUCAAGUUGACGCUGCGAAUGACGAAACUUUUGGUGAUAUGGAUGCUGCUAAUGAUGAUACUUUCGGUGACGGCGCUUCCCUCGAGCCAUCCAUGUCCAAAUUGACGAUGAAUGAUGAUCCAGCUAUCCUUAAUGCCUCAAAUACUGCUCCCUCACAAACCCAAUCACCAGAAACGCAACCUCAACUGUAUACUGAACUUGGAAAUGCCGGUAGUACAGCAUCAUCAGAGGGAACCCCCAAGGUCACAGAGAAGGCACCUGCUGCCAGCAGAUUUGCUAAAUUCUUCGAUGCCAAGCCAAAAUCACAUCAACAUGCAAUGGAUGCACAAGCUAAAUGGCUCGAUGCUCAGAGAAGGAAGGAAGCUGAGCCAGCAGUCAAUUCUCCAACCCCACCAAACCUAACAAAUGACCAACCAGAAAUGCAAAGAGUCUUGGCAAUGUUACAAACCUCAAACUCAUCUACACCAGUGCCUCAACCAUCUUCCGUAAAAGAAAUUAGUAGACCGACAUCCACAUCAUCAGCUGGAGCUGAUCUAACAGCAAUUUUACACCAACAACAACAAGCUGCGUUCCGUAAUCAACAACUUCAACAACAACAACAAAUAAUAAUGCAACAAAGGAAAGAACGCGAGCAGGAAUUACAGAGGGAAAGAAUGCAAAGGGAGCAUCAAGCUUUAUUACUUGCACAGGCUCAGAGGAGGCAACAAUCACCGCAAGAUCCUGCAAUACUAAAUGCUUUAUCGCUUUCACGUAAUAAGGGCAGUCCAGCUGCAGCAAUGUCACCAAAUGUGAUGCACCAACAACAAUCAAGAAUGAGUCCAAUGAAUGACCCAAGAGCGGCAGCGCUGCAAGAGUAUCAAAUGAGAUUGGCGUAUGAGAGACAGAGGCAACUUCAACAGAAUGAAAUGGCAGAUCCGCAACCAGAGCAAAGUCAGCAACAAAAGCUGCAGGAGAUGUUAAUGAUGCAGCAACAGCAAGCACAAAUGAGACAAAUGCAACAAGCAAAUGCUAUGAGAGGAGCACCACCAGAGCAUUUAGCAGCGUUGAUAAGAGGAGGAGGUAACACACAAUCACCAAAUAGUGGAUCAAAUCCACAAGCUGGGACAUUGCUUAUGCAACAGAUUCAACAGCAACAAGGACAGGUACCUUCAACGAUAAGUCCACCACAUGCACCACACCAACAGCAGCACUCCCAAGCUAAUGAGAUGUUACUCCAACAACAGCGUUUGCUCGCUCAACAGAGAGGCAUGCAAGCCGCACAGGCGCAAGCGCAAGCGCAAGCUGCAGCACUCGCGACUGCUAUACAACAACAACAACAGCAACAACAGCAACCUAUGAGUGGAUUUAUGAAUCAGCAACCACAUCAACCGUAUCAAUCACAACAGCAGCAUCCUGACAUGCACCACUAUGCCAACAACAACAACUCAUUCGAUCACGUCUCCAAGAUGGCAGGACCACAACAGUCUCAUCUCAUGGAUGCUCAGCAGCAGAGACAGAAGCAAGCACAGCUUAUGGCAUUGCUGAAUGGUGGACGUUAA